AUGGCAUUUGCAGGAACAACACAGAAAUGUAUGGCAUGUGAAAAGACAGUGUAUCUUGUUGAUAAAUUAACUGCAGACAAUAAAGUCUAUCAUAAAGCUUGUUUCAGAUGCCAUCACUGCAAGGGUACUCUCAAGCUUUGCAACUAUAAUUCCUUUGAUGGAGUUCUCUACUGUAGACCUCACUUUGAUCAGCUCUUUAAAAGAACUGUAAGUCUGGACAAAAGCUUUGAAGAUGGGACACCAAAAAUUCUGAAGCCAGAGAAAGAUGAGAAACCACAGGCAGCUAAAGUUUCAAGCAUGUUUGUUGGAACAAGGGCGAAAUGUUUUGGCUGCAAGAAUACUGUCUAUCCAACAGAAAAGGUAUCAGUGAAUGCAACAGUUGAUCGAGCCAAUUCCGGGGCUGUCAAUACCAAGGUUACAGGAGAAAAAAACAAAGGAGAAGGGCUAGAUGAAUCUAAAAAACAGGUGAUCAACCAAGAUGACCAAGCUGCUGAAUUAGAUGCAAGAACAAAAACUUAUGAAAUUAUGCAGCAAUCCAGUCAUGUAAAUGUAAACAAAGAAGUUUGCAAGAUGCUUGGAAUUGCAGGCAACUGUGGACAAAUUUCAACAGGCGCGCAUACAACUCGUUUGGAGGCUGCUCGGGGCAAUGAAUCAAGUUCUAAAGGAGUGAAAAAUAGAAAGGGUGAGGACUGGACAGUAGUUAAUCAUGCACAGCAGUCAACUAGCAAUAAGAAGGCUCCAGUUACUAGUAAAAUCUGUGAU